AUGUUGACCGACGGACAGUUUGGUUCCCUUGCGUUGGCAGCUGUGCUGCAGAUGGCUGCUGCUGAGAUGAUGGCUGCUGGGAUGGUUGCUGAUGAAGUGGUGGCUGCUGAUAUGGUGGUUGCUGAGAUGGUGGCUGCUGGCAUGGUUGCUGCUGAAGUGGUGGCUGCUGAUAUGGUGGCUGCUGAGUUGGUGGAUGCUGAGAUGGUGGCUGCUGAGAUGGUGGCUGCCGAGAUGGUGUCUGCUGGUCUCCCCUGCGACCACUCCUCCUUUGCCGCCGCACUUCCAUCCUUGCCAUUCUGGCUCGUUGUGCCGCACCCGUCCGGCUCCGUAACCCAUCCCCGCCCUCUGGCUCCCUUGCACGCUGGUCGGCUCCCCGUCCGCCAUGGGUCUGCUGCACACGGGCCUCUUCGACCCCAAAGAGGUAGUUCGCCAUUGCAGCACACUCGGCCCGGCAUCUCCUCACGAGUUUGCCAAACUUCCGCUUCGUGCGGCAGUUUGCGAGCUUCUUGA